AUAAUUGUGGGUCAUUAUAAACAGAAUUAUAGUGCGUCGAGACUUUGCACAACAAUGUUUUAACGACUGCUGACUACGAGUGAAAAUUAGCACACUCAGCAGAUCGGUUUGUGGCGUAAACACAGAGUCGAGUGUAUGUGACGGUGGACAAACGCCGCACUGACGCUCAUUAAAGCAACUGGAGAGCAGGGGCUGUGAUGGUGGAGGACGGGACGCUCAUGAAGGGCCGGGUGACGGUGUACUCUGUGCCAGGCUGUCCACACUGCACACGGGCCAAAACCACUCUGGGUGCGUUAGGCGUUCCCGUGUGCGACGUGGAUGUGAACAAACACAGAGAAAUCAGAGCACGAGUGAAGGAGCUCACCGGCCACUCUUCUGUACCCCAAAUAUUCUUCAAUAACCUUUAUGUUGGAAACAAUGAAGACCUCCAGAACCUGGACCCUAAGCGGCUUGAACAUCUCCUCCUGUCUGUGAGGGAUGAAGCAGUGCCUCUGGAUGCUCUGCCUGUGCCUGUUGAAAACUGCAGAUCUGAGACUGAUGGAGGGUGUGAGCUCUCGGAGACGCUGAGGAAUCUGAUCCUGAAACUUUACUCCGAUCACCUCUCUGAAAAUGGCAAGACAGUUGAUUACAAGGCAAUGUCCCGGAGCCUGUACUUCGAGCGCUACUGUGAUCUGGCUGUCAGACUUCAGCGUGUGGAGCUGCUCUCUAUGAGUCGAGAAGAAAAACUGGCCUUCUUUAUCAACAUCUACAACGCACUUGUCAUCCACGGGAACCUGCGUCUGGGCUUUCCCAAAAACAUAUGGCAAAGGUAUCGGUUUUUUAACUACGUGAGCUACUUCAUUGGCGGUGAGGUGUUCACACUGCAGGAUAUUGAGAAUGGAGUACUUCGAGGAAAUCGAAAAGGUGUGGGACAAUUCCUGAAACCCUUCUCCAGGGAUGACCCACGACUGCAGGUGGCGCUUCCUGACGUCGAGCCUCUUAUUCAUUUUGCACUGAAUUGUGGUGCCAAGGGCUGCCCACCGAUUAAAACAUACACUCCGCAGGACAUUGAUGGUCAGUUGCGCACUGCAGCUGAAGCUUUUCUGGAGAAUGAUGACAGCUGUGUGAUUGACAACACAGGACGAGAAGUGAAGCUCAGCCAGAUCUUUAAGUGGUACAAGGGCGACUUUGGAGGCACUGAUGAUAAGGUGCUGAACUGGGUGUUUGACCACAUGAGAGCAUCGCAGAAGAAGAGGAAACUACAGGCUCUGCUGUCAACAGGAAAGGUCAAAGUGAGCUUUCUGCCCUAUGACUGGUCUAUAAACAGCACAGACUGAUCUAAAGCACAUUCUCAGGAUCGCUGUGACUCAUCGCGGCCACUGUGUGUUUCUAUUGAACACACGCAGCGAUCUCAAAACAAAAGUGCGCCCUGAAACUAUGCAUUCAGAUCCCUUUACCUUUCAUCCACCUCCCAAAAGGGCAACGUGAUAUUGUAGCCUGAUAUUUCUGACAAAGGUUAAUUUCUAUAACUUUUAAAAUUGUAUCGCAGCAUUUGCACUGGUUGUUAUGCAAUUACAUUUUAAAUACUGUCCUACCAAGAUGUCCUUUUGAAUAAAUAUAGUUUAUUUAAAUGAUCUAA